CUGGUAGUAGGAGGAAGGUGGGUUGACGAAUGCGAGUGAGGAUGCGGAUGGGCGUCGGAAAGAGUGUGAACGUGAGAUGACUCCAACUCCACGUCGACGUCAAUCGGAUUCGGUGCGCUGCGCUGCUGCUGUUGCGGCUAGUUGUUUUCGUUGUUAUUCGUUGUAUUCGUCGAUGAGAAUGAUGAAGUCGGCCAAUUUGAGGUUGCGGCGUUCGCGUCGAUAACAAUGGCGAUGCCGAUAAGCAGAGCAAGUAGCGUAGCGAUCGCAGGCGUGAGUCCGUGACGUUUGUUUAAUGUGUCAAACAAUGCGAGAUGCCAGGGAUGCAGGGUCGACGAGAAGAGAGUAGAUGAGAGACGAAAUCGCCAAAUCGCCAAGUGACCAACAAACGAGUGGGCCCAAUGAGCGAUGAUGGGCGUCGGAUUAAGAACGGGUGAGAGCGCGAGAAAGACAAGCAAUUCAGUUGACGACAAAGGGAAACACUCGGUGGUGGUAGAUCGAGGCAAAGUUAUGGUUAGACGAACGAAGGUAGGCAAGCAGUGCAGGGGUGAAGGGACGCAGGAAGAGAGAAAAAGAAGGAAGCACUGGCACCACAAGCACGGGACGUGCUCGGCACGGAGGAAUGUAAAUGCGUGCAGUACGUACAUGUACAUUGUUGCGAGUGUGUGCUCAUCGAUUACAGUAUUGCUUGCGCUGCACAGCAGAAAGGAGUACACAAAUGCAUAGGCUUUACGUUGAAGGACGGUGUAAUCAGCUGGGUGGCAUCGUCGUGGAACCUGAGGUUCAGCGCAGGCAUCGCAACGGUAGAUUGGAGAGACGAGGGCAG